ACCUCCUGCUUUCAGCUCAGACACACUGAGACAAACAGAGACACAGAAACAUGGCAGAAGAAGCUCCAGCAGCUGCAGUUGCAGCAGCCCCGGCCAAAGCCUCGGCCAAAGCCUCGGCCAAACCCACGGCUAAACCCACGAAGAAGAAGAAGGCAGCUGGGACCACGAGGGACGGACCAAGCCUCCCGAAGCUCAUCGUCGUCGGUUUGGCCGACUGUAAGGAGCGGAAGGGGAUGUCGCUGGCUCUGAUCAAGAAGAUGCUGGGUCGUGAAGGGGUGGAUGUGAUCAAGGCCAACAAACGCAUCAACAUCGCCGUCAAAAGGUUGGUCGCCAAUGGAACUCUGACCCAGACUAAGGGCACCGGGGCCUCCGGCUCCUUUAAACUCGCCAAGAAGGAGCCCAAAGUCUCCAAACCGGCCAAGAAAGUGGCCGCGUCCAAAAAGCCGGCGGCUAAGAAACCAGCGGCUAAGAAACCAGCGGCUAAGAAGCGAGCGGCUAAGAAGCCAGUGGCUAAGAAGCCAGCAGCUAAGAAGCCAGCAGCUAAGAAGUCACCAGCUAAGAAACCAGCGGCUAAAAAGUCCCCAGCCAAGAAAAAGCCGAAGAGCCCCAAGGUCACCACUAAGAAGCCCAAAUCUGCACUUAAGAAGCCCGCAGCAAAGAAAAAUGCUGCCAAGAAGCCCGCAGCUAAGAAAGCUGCUAAGAAGUGAAGCGCUUUCAUUUUCCCUCACUCAUCAGCAAAGGCUCUUUUCAGAGCCACCACAGCCUCUGCUAAAGAGCUGCUGCCUCAUUAGUAGUAGUAGUAGUAGUAAUAAUAGUAAGAGUAAUUAUAAUAGUAGUAGUAGUAAUAAUAAUCAUAAUAAUAACAAUAAUACCAGUAACUGUCAUAUAAAAAAUAAUAAACAAUAAUCAUACAAUAUUAGAGGAAUAUAAUGAUAAUUAUAUGAAUAGCAAUAACAGUAAUACAGUAGUAAGUACAAUAAUACAAAAAUAAUAAGCUGUAAAUGUAAAGUCGAUAAA